AUGUCGGAACAUUCGUGGGCCCAGCAAGCGACCGGCAGGUUCUUUGAGGCCCGUGAAUCUCCAACUCAAUCAAAAUGCGACGACAAUGCCCACAAAAUCUCUGCUAAAGUACUACCUUUCGGCAAGGAACUGGAGUCGCUUUUUUUGGCAACCGGCUACAUGGAGCUCAGCGGUUGGCACAAAAUUUGCACUUUUGUUUCGCGAUCGGCAGGGAUUGAGCUCGGAUUCGACAGGCAGGAUUGGCACUGGAGAGGGUCACACUUUCCAGUGACAGUGAUCGGGGAAAGUUCUCUGGUCGUCGUUUCACCUAAUGACUGGAACGACCUCGUAGUUGUCGAUAGCUCCCCGCCAUGUGGGCUCUACUUUCGUCACCGCCAUCGAACCAGAAGUCGGACAAAUUUUACCUCCUUACUGGGACGGGAGGAGAGCAUGCCGUCCGGGCGAGGGUUCACGAUGGCCGGUAGGAGAUCAUCAGGCUCCGAUGAGGACUCUGAACAGUAUCUGCUUAUCGAGGUUGCCUCCAAGAAUGAAAAAUUCCUAUUUCAUUUGCCCCGCAAUGAAGCAGCAGAUACAUUGGUAUUAGGGGCAUAA